GUGUAGUAUAAAAUGAAAAACAUUCGACAGUUAUGCAUUACCCCUGAAGAUGUUUAUGAGGGGUAUGGUCAGUUUGCAUCCAAUGAUGACGCGUCCAUUCCGUCUUCGUCGGUCCCGCCGCCGCCGCCGCCGGAAUGCAUUAUUUUAGAUUCUACAAUGACCUCUCUAUCCUUUCCUUCACGAAAGUGGGAUCCCGCCGAUGCGUUUAGACAACUAAGAGAAGCGCUCUCGAUCGACGCCCCACCGCGUCUGGUGUCUAGGAUCCCACUGAGUGCGCGAACCCCUAGUGCGGACAUCGCUCCCUCGGAUACGCAAAUCGAUCCUUUAGGCCCUAUGGUCAGCAAGAUUCAACGCUCCAUGCGCGCAUCCUACACCCUGCGCGCGAUCCAUUCCGAGUGUGCCGCUCUUCUUACUGCUCUAUCCAUCAUAGAACAGAGCCAACCAACCCCAUUCAGGAGCCCGGACAGCUACGCGUGGCUUUUACACAAUAAAGGGGUCGAUAUUUUGCAGGCUCGAGCACUCAAAGCAAUGAAAAGGGCCCGUGUGUGGCGUGAGGUCCGUGAGCUUCUCGACCAGGAUCCAUUUAAACAUCGUUUUUUGGAUGGUAAUAAUGCCGAGCAGGUGGUCGGAGACGUGAUCAAAUUCCGAGCAAGCGUAGCCGAUGCGAAGGAGCUUACCAAUGAGUUUGCUACUUUGGUUGAUCGACUUCACCUAAUAGUUCCUAUCAUGGAGAGCGCCAUCGGGCGGUCAAGGGCCUUCAAUGAGUUGGAUGAGACCACUUCACUGGAAUUUAGCUCAGAGUUGGAGAACCUGUUAAAGGCUAUGGGUAGCUUCGAGGAUACCGUAAAAAAGAAUCAUACCACCCUUUUGCGUAAUGUGGAGGCUAUAACGGAACGUGUAGGUUGUCUUAGACAACAGCUUCCUGCUUCAAAUGAAAAUACAUCAGCACAUUGAUAUUUCAACUUGUAAUAGGCUUUUUUAGUCCUUCAAAAAGGAUGUUAUUACACAA